AGCCAAAAUGCAGUUCAAGACCAUCGCCAUCAACGCCCUUCUGGUCGGCGCUAGCCUCGCCCAGGUAGCGGUCUUGCAGACAGCCAUCAAGCAGGUCCAAGACGCUCUGGGCAAGCUUGACAUCACCAUUACAGGUUUGAGCGACGCCAACAGCGCCGCGAACCUGCUGCAGUCGUCGGCGGACACGAAGCAGGUGAUGGACAAGGCGACCAAGGAAAUCACGGGGGCGCAGGCGCUGUCGCUGCAGGACGCACUGAGCCUACAGUCGGUGCAGCAGCCGCUCAUCGACGCCGUGACCAAGGUGACGGACGACAUCGCGGGCAAGACGCAGGUGUUGGACCAGAUCGGGGCCACGCAGCAGGCGAUCCAGACGCUCAAGGAGCAGAAGAAGACGGCGGGCGCGCUCGGCGACGCCGUCGUGUCCAAGAUCCCCGCCAUCGGCCAGGGCAUCGCCCAGCAGAGCAUCGGCCAGAUGACCACCCUCAUCGACGGCGCCAUCACCAAGCUGGGCGGGAACCCCAACCAGAAGCUGACACGCGCCGCCCGCGUCCCCGUGCCCAUCGCCGCUUGAAGGAACGGGAUGGACAGGGGCUGCUGAUGGCGCUGCGUGCGGAGGAGGCUGUGCGCCGGGACGACAUCCUGGGCACAUUCGCUCCCUUAUUUCCCCUCUGUUUGGGCUUGGUGUCGCUUUUCAUUCUCUUGAUUCUUUCUUGCGGUUCUUAGGGAGGAUCAUCAUCGGCUUUUAUGGAAUAGCACACGUAGCUGGUGGUUGGUGGAAGUUUGGAAGUUUGGAAGUUUGUAUUCAUUCUGGUCUUGCGCGCAAACGUGCUGGCCUGUAAAUAGUAUUUUGGUUCGUAAUCCAUGAUUAAUUUUCAGGUCGAUGUCUGACCUACGU